AUAUAUGUUCUGCCAUCUGUUGAGUAUUUCUUUUUUAUUCUUUUUAGUUCCAAACGGAGAGGAAAGGCGGUUAGAUGACUACCAUUCUUACACAAAGGGCGCAAUAAUGUGAAACAAAGACAGAUAUAUAUUGUGUGAUAGACAAAACAGCGAUGGUUCACCGCUAUGUGGUGAUAGUGAUUUAAUGUCCAUAGAACUUUUGACAUUAGCAAUUAAAUAAGAUUUUGAAAACCCAUUUUAUGUAUGGAUAUAUAUUACUUUAAAAUAUGGAAAAUUCGUCGAAGAGUCAAAACAGUAAUUGUGAAUACAACCCAAUUGUAUUUUUAGAUAUAGCAAUUGAGUCAGAAAAAGAAAUUUAAAAAUAAUUUGUAUGAUAUUAUGAUACAGUUGGAAGAAUUGUGAUAGAGCUUUUUAAAGAUAUAGUACCUCGAACAGCUGAAAACUUUCGUGCAUUAUGUACCGGAGAAAAAGGCAUUGGAAUCAAUGGCAAAAAGUUGCAUUACAAAGGAUCAAUAUUUCAUAAAGUUUAUGAUCCAAGGUGGAGAUAUAAUAAAUUUUGAUGGAACAAGCGGAGAAAGUAUAUAUGGAACACAUUUUGAAGAUGAAAACUUUAAACUCUCUCAUUCAUCAGAAGGAUUAUUAAGCAUGGUAAAUGAGGGUUAUCCAAAUAGCAACAGUUCUCAGUUUAUAAUUACUAUUUCAGCUGUUACACAUCUAGAUAAUACCAAUGUAGUAUUUGGUAAAGUUUUGAAAGGAAUGGGUGUUAUAUUAGAAGUAAGUCAAGUUCAAACAGUUAAGGAUGUACCAAUGAAGAAAAUACAUAUAAUUGAUUGUGGAGAGUUAAAACAUGAAAAUUGGGGUAUGGAAGAAAAUGAUGAUACUGAAGAUGUGUUCACUCCAUGGCCAGAAGACUGGGAUUAUUCCAAAGAUAUUGAAAGACUCAAUUACAAAUAUAUAAUGGACGUUAUUAAGAGGAUAAAAGAUUCAGGAAAUUGUUAUUUUUCACGAAAAAAUUAUGUAGAUGCAGGCAGAAAAUAUAAGAAAGCAUUAAGAUAUUACAAAUGGAUGAUAAGGACAGUAGAUGUAUCAGAGUCUUCCAAUGAAUCAAUGUUGAACAUUAAAGCAACAUUAUUACUUAAUCUUGCAGCUGUUAAAUUAAAACAAAAGAGUUAUCGUGAAGCUUUAAAGCUUUGUUCAGAGGUUUUACAAAUAGAUAAGAAAAACAGUAAAGCACUAUUUCGAAGAAGUCAAGCAUAUAUGGGACUAAAUGAGUAUGAUUUAGGUUUAGCAGAUUUGAAGCAAGCAUCAUUAAAAUCUCCCAAUAAUAAAGAUAUUUUAUUAGAAAUUGAUAAAGUAAAAAGAGUUAUAAAUUCGUAUUUAGCUAUUGAGAAAGCUUCUUACCAAAAAAUGUUUAAAUAACAGAAGUAUUUUGCAAAAAACUUGUAAAUAUAAUAAAAUUUUUUAUAUAUUUUAUAUAUUUUGAAGUAAAAAUAUUGCAAACAAAAUCAUACAUAUACAUGUUUA